CUGUCGUGAAAUAUUUAUGUUUAUGAUGUAAAAGUAUUUAAACGUCUAAUUGAAAUUCUUUUAAAUUUUUGUCGUGUCGUAGUCAAAGUUUUUAAUCAUUAAGCUUAGCUUUUUUGUUUUACUGCAUUCUACCAUAUAAAUAUAGCUAUUUCGAUUAUUUUCUUGUCAGAAUAGUUUAUACGUGGGUGUGUUUCGAAACCAUCUGUUAAUCUAGAAAUAAGAUGCUAAGUGUGUUAGAAUAAACAAUAAGUCUUGUUAUGUGCGUGUUUUCUCCUUCAAACGAAGAAAACCUUCAAUUGUAAGCACAGUUAUACACAUUAAAAUGAAUUAUUUGUUUUAUUUUUAGUAAAUGUGGUUGUGCCCAACUACUUAGUAUGUGAUACCUCUAUAUCAACUAUUUUCUGAUCUAAAAUUGAGCUUUGAUAAGAACUUUAUUUUGUGAAGUUGCGAAGGCAAUUUGAAUUUAUUAUGGCUGCAACAGUUGAAGAGCAAAUGUCCAGUAUGGAUGAAGGUGAUUCAGAAAUGACAACUCAGGAUGAAUCAACCGAAAUUCCCUGUGAAAAAGGACAGUGUCCUACAUUAACUGAUGUUUCUGAUUCAAAAAUGUCUUCCUCCUCAAUUGAAAGUAAAUCAAAUAUGGAAACUGCUAGUCCUGUUAAAGAUAAAAUAUCUGAUAGUAAUGACUUUAUAUAUCAAGUGAAAUGGAUUUCUCGAAAUGGAGUGAAGAGUCCAAUUAUAACACAGAAUGAAAAUGGUCCCUGCCCUCUUAUUGCUAUUACAAAUGUUCUAAUUAUGAAAGGCAGAAUUACAAUUCCUUCACUUGCGGAUUUUGUUUCAACAGAAAAUUUGAUGGAAUAUCUCGGCAAUUGUAUUUUGGAAAGCAUCCCUACUAAUAUUCCUGAAGGUACUCAGUUAAAUUUUGAACAGAAUAUGCAUGAUGCAAUGGCAGUUUUACCUAAACUUCAGACUGGAUUAGAUGUUAAUGUUAAAUUUACUGGAAUCAGUGAUUUCGAAUAUACAUCAGAAUGCAUUAUUUUUGACUUGCUAAGGAUACCGCUAUACCAUGGUUGGUUGAUAGAUCCUCAAAGUGAAGAAAUUGUUAGGGCUGUAGGGAAAUGUAGCUAUAACCAGCUGGUUGAGAAAAUAAUAAAUUUAAAAUUUUCAUCUGAUCCAGACCAAAUAACAGAAGCUCUAGUUGCUGAACAUUUCCUGGAAAAAUCUGCCUCUCAACUUACAUAUCAUGGCCUUUAUGAACUUACUUCUAAACUUAAAGAAGAUGAAUUGUGUGUUCUCUUUCGUAACAAUCAUUUUAGCUCCUUAGUUAAGCACAAUAACUGCCUUUAUCAGUUGGUUACUGAUCAAGGGUUUUUGAAUGAAAAUGUUGUUUGGGAGACUUUAGAUAACAUUGAAGGAGAUGGUCAGUUUGUUGAUUCAAGUUUUGUUCUGGUUCCUCCAAAAUGUGCUGAUGUACCGUUGCCACUUAAUAUUCCAGAAGAGAAACAAAUCGACCAAGACUAUUUGGUAGCUUUAAGUUUGCAAGAAGAGCAACAAAAACAACAGAGCAAUGAGUUUGAAUGGGAAGAAUUUAAAAAGAAAAAACUGGGAAUAUCAAAUGGCCUUUCCGAUGAAGAAUUAGCAUUGAGGUUGCAGGAAGAAGAAAUGAAUGAGGAAGACAAUCAUAGACCAACGGCAUCAGCACCUCAAUCAAACAACCAGUCUAGAAAUAACAGUAACAAUAGAUCAAGAGAUUGUAUAAUAUUAUGAUCCUCUGGAUAUCGAUGAGUGGGAUACUAUUGAUGUGCUUAUUGUGGCCUUAUUUAGACUUUACGUCAGAAAAUUCUUCUAAAUAAGAACUAUAAAGAAAGUUUGAA